UAUGAGCUGUAUGUUUAUAUAUAAUUAAUUUAUAAUUUAAUAUUGAUGGUAAUCAAAUAGAUGGAUGAUAAGCUAAGUAUACAACUGUAUAAACACUGUACUUUUAUAAUUUAAUUUUAGAAUAAAAUUAACUUUUGUACAAGAGAAUAGUAUUUUCUACUGAAUGAUAUGAUGUUUGUCAAGAGUGGAUUGAUGAGCUUAUUGCUCGUUGGCAUUGUUAUUUCUGUAGAAUCAUUAGAAACUGAAACUGGAAUUUGUUCUUAUUACACUGGAUCGGGGACAACAGCAAGUGGUGAAGCUUAUAAUGAACGUGCAUUAACUGCUGCUCAUCCAACUUGGCCAUUUGGUACUAGAGUUGGAGUAUUCAAUGCAAGAGGUAAUGGUGUUACUGUUGUUAUCAAUGAUCGUGGACCUUUUGUACAUGGAAGAAUUUUGGAUUUGUCGAAACGUGCUGCUGAAAAAUUGGGUAUUAUUGAAGUGGGUCUUGAAAGACAUUGCAAAAUUGUACGAUUAACUUAG